UCCGAUUUUGGGGUGAAAAAAGCGGAUUUUGGGUGUUUUUUGGGCGCCAGGGCGGCGCAGAUCGAGCUGCUGCAGCACCUGGUGUCGGUGGCCCACGAGCACAACCUGGGGGUGCCCCUCGAGCUCAAGAUCAAAUUCAACAUCGUGGCCUCGCUCUACGACUACAACCCAAACCUGGCCGCCUACAUGAAGCCUGAGCUGUGGCAGAAGUGCCUGGGCUGCAUCGAGGAGCUGCUGGAGCUGCUCUUUGCCCACCCCGAGAUCUUCGUGGGCGAAAACGUCCUGGAGGAGUCCGAGAACCUCAACAACCCCGAGCAGGUCCGGGGGCGCUUGGGGGGCGGCUCGGGGGCG